AGUACUUUAAAGCUGUUCAUUCUCAUAACCUAGAAUCACAACACCACACACCAACAAUAAAAAGGCACCAUGGCCACUGAUGCCGAAAAAUCCAUAUCAACUGCGCCAAAAGUAACCAAGUCUCAUGUACUUGUCACUUCUGUUGUCAAGAGACCACCCUACUCCUAUGCACAUCUGGAGCUCCUUAGUGACGGGUUGUCAAAGACAGGGGACCUUGAUGCUCUCCAAGUCAAAUCAUACUGCACCUCUGCGCUGAAACAAUCCCUUGGCGUUACUGGCAUGGCAAUACCUUUGGAUAUACUCAAAGUCGAGGGACGGAGCUGCUGGUUGAGAUUACCCAGAGACGACCUUGGGGCAUUUGCAGCGGCCAUCACAGCCUGGCAGGGCACUACACAAGAUGGGGUUCACUCUACACUUCUGAUCAGAGGCUGCUCUGAUUGGUUAGGUGCCUUAGUGGGACAGCAGGACGAGCAGAGACUUUGGACUGGCUGAGUCUGAUCUGGGAGAAACACUAAGCGUUGAUCAUUCAAUAGACUGUUCUCCAUGUUUUCUAUGUAAGUAACAUGUCUUUGCAUGCUAUGAUAUAUGUGUCUCGCUGUCCAGUCCUUUCUCUAAAACGCCAGGCUAUGUAACCACCAAACUGUCACAUAUGCAAGAUCCCUUCCCAUGCCAUAAACCUGUACAGAUUAUUGUCCGAUAAGUAAACGUCUACCAUGCCAUCUACAUCAUACUCCCGAA